AUGUCAAAUGCGGCGCUACAAGGAUACCCUGAAAACCUACCUGAGGCGCCUGCAGAUCAACCCAACAAACUGGGGAGACCUCGCUCGGGACCGACCUACGUGGAGGAGAACAGCGAAGCCACUCGCAUCACCGCCGCCAAAGCCAAAAGUGAGACACGCAAAUCUCAACUACCGCCGCCGCCGCCGCCGCCGCCACCUCAGAACGCCAACGCUCAGUCACCCCGAACGCGUUCACGAUGUCAACGGACAUUCCGGGCCUCAGAUGGACUAGAUAGACACCUCUGGACCAAUUGUGGCACCCAGACUGCACCAAUCGUCGUCUUUUCGUCCACCUCUCCCCAGCCUCCCACGCCGUCAACUAACGUUGACCGCCUCCCGAACCACCACUACCAUCCUCCUCCUCCUCCUCUACCGCCGCAACGUCAACACCAACAAACACCAACAUCACCAUCGUCGAUAUCACAGAUGAGAGCCUGGUCUAUACCUGUCCUCAUUGUGUUCGCGCCUUCACCUUAA